AUGGUGGACAUUGAAGAAGAAAAUAUGCUUUCAUUUCAUACCGAAAUUGGGGAGGAUUUGAACAAUAUUCACUCCAAUUUAAAUCACUACAGACAGGAUCUCACACAACAUACUCGGAGUUUGUAUCAUUGUGAAAGACAGCAAUCUCCAAUGUCAUUCAGAUGUGGUUUUGAGGGCAACAGAUUUAAUUCUAACAAAUAUCCAAGUUCCCACAGGUCUGUUUUAGCGUGUAGGAGUAGAUCUCCACUUUCAUUGCGUAGUGGGGACAGUGUAAGGAGUGCCAUUGACAUAACAAAUGCCCUUAAGUGUGAAUCAUUUAAUACACAUGAAUUACAAAUGAUUAAAAAUGUGGUUUGUCGAAAAUUAAAACAAAAAUUAAGAAAAAGAUAUGAAAAAAAUAGAAAUAAGUUUAUCUUACUAAACACAAAUAAUAAUAAAAUAAAAAACAUUCAAAGAAAAAUUGUUUCAAGUGGAGAAAGUAGCGAUUCUCCCAUAAGUAGCAAUGAAGAUGGUGAAAACCAAGCAAAUAAAAUUGCCACAGUGUUUACAGGACCACAAAUCAGUCAAGUUAAUAAAUCUUUAGUAACAACUACAAAAAAUAAUAUUCAUCUGCUAACAGAUCUUAGAAUACCUGUUCAAAAAAACAUGUUAUUGAAUUCCCACAAAAACAAUAACCAUUUAGGGGAAGUAAUGAAACCAGACUCAACUCUAGUAUGCAAUGAAGAAAUAACAACUAAAGAAUGUCCACUUCAAUCACAAAGAUUUACAGAAACAACAACAACCACUAAGACAAAUAAUUUGAUUGAGCGGCAUAAAAAAACAGAAGAACAGAAUUGUUGCAGCAGUGAAAAUAAAAGUAACUUUUCUGCUUAUGAUAAUAGAAAACGGUCCCUAAAAGAUCAAUGUUACAACAAUGAAAAAAAAAUAAACCUUUCAAGCCCAAAAUCACCAUUUGAACAUUUGACAAAAGACGUAUUUAAGAAACCGUUAAUGCCUAUGACAAAAGCUGCAGGAAAACAUGUUAAUAUAAAAGAUAUUAUGAUUUCCGAGGCUACAAUGCAGCCUUUGAGUGGAUCCAAUCAGAAAGAUAAAAAAAAAUCGUUAAAACAAAUGGCGGAUUUAAAAAUAAAUGAAGUUUCAAUGAAAUCUAGUUUAUCAAAGAAAAAAUUAUUUACUCCAAAACUUGAUCUGUUAAGUGUUAAAGUAGCAAGUGAUGCUGCUGGAGGAAGUCCUCAAGCAAAAGUUGAUAAUAAAGAAAAGAAUAAAGCAAGAAAACUUGUGACAUCACAGUCUUGUCUAAAUAGAAAUGUUUCUGAUGAGGAAGACAAUGUAUUGGGCUUAAUAAAAAAAAUAAUUCCUGCUGAACAAAUUAAUUCAACAUCUAGUAAAUUUAUUAAAACAAACUCUGCUUGUGAUGACAAAUGUAACAGUGAUGUCAGUGAUACAUUUACAGAUGAAACACUUAAUAGCACAGCUUUUGAAACAGAUUCUAGAAAGGAUUAUAUUGAAAAGAGCAGCUGCCAGCAAUGGCACAAUGGCAGCUCUAUACUUAGAGAUUGCAGUGUUAUUAUAAACAAACAUGCAACCACAAAUAUGGUUCAAAGGUACAAACGUGUGAAUUCUUUUUGGGAUACUGAUAUUGAAAGUGAAAAAGAAUCUGAAACUGUUCCUGCCUGCAAAUUAUUCAAUGCUGAAAUAAAAGGUCAAUUAAAAGAUGUCACUUCAUCAACUCUUAAUACCACAAAACAUCAAAUAAGUAAGAAUGUAGGUAAAGUUUUAACAGUGCAAGAUUUGAUAAAUAAAAGGAAUGCUAAGAAGAAAACAUUGAACAUGGAUAUAAAAGUCUCAAAUGUCAAAGAAAAAAAAAUGAUGGAAAACAUUAAAAAAGCCAGCAGUGAAAUUCCACAAAAUGAUAAAGAAAAUAUAAAUAAAAAACAGAAUGAACAAAAUAAAGUAGAAUCUAUAAUAACUAAAAAGAAGAAGGAAACUUUAGGUCAAUUUAGACCUGUCAAAGAAAAUGCUUUUAAUAAGAAACAAUCUGGCAAAAAAGAAAAUUCAGAAUGGAAGAGGAAAGAAUGUAAGAGAUCAAAAAGUUCUAACAGAAACUGCUCUGGAUGUGAUAGUACCACAAAUAACACGAAAAAUUGUAUUAAGAAACAAAGUUAUUUAAGGACAAAACCUGUUCUAAAUAGCUCCUUUAAUACUAGUGAUAGUUUAAACAUUUCAAGAACAAGGUCCAAAAAACAAAAUGCAAAUGUUGAUUCUUCAAAGGAAAAUAUUUCUCAACUUUCUGACAAUAUAAACAUUACACUGCUAAGUUUAAGGCCACGGAAACUAAUCAGACCUUCAAGGACUAAACCUAAUCUAAAUAGCUCCCUCAAUACUAGUGAUAGUUUAAACAUUUCAAGUUGGACAAGGUCCAAACAACAAAAUGCAAAUCUUCAUUCUUCAAAGGAAGAUAUUUCUCAACUUUCUGAAAAUGUCAACAUUACUUUGCUAAGUUUAAGGCCACGGAAACUAAUCAAAAGUAAAAAAAUUGCCUAA